UCCUUCAGUUUGUUCAUGUGCUGAACUGUGCAACUAAUUGUAUUUUCAUUUUUCAAAUAAAAAUAAACUAGUGUAUCAUUGUGACAAAGAGAGAGUGAAUUCUUGUUUUAGAUCUCCCUUCCGACCGGUGACGGUGCUGGGGAGGAGGAGCAGACAUCCCCAGGAGAGGUGGAAGCCGGCCAUCUUGGAAGGGGGGCGGGUCCACGGUGCGCAACGUCAUCAACCCAGACGGGGAGCGCUGUGGCAAUCGCGCAUUGGUCAACGGCGGUUGCCCGCGCUGCCCAAUGGGAGCGGGACGGAGCGUACAAAAGGGGGCGUGGCCUGGGGUUCUGUUCCUUCUGGCAAGAGCACUAACGGGACGCUCUGGAGCGAGACGGGAGGAGCAAACCCGGAAGUGCUGCGCUGGUCCCGCCCUGUUUUACCUCAGGGGAAGGAGGAAGGACGGACGAUUGUUUUGUUCGGUUAUUUACCUUCCUCAUUGUUAAUUUGGUUCUUUUUGUAAAGUCCCCCCCCCCCCCCCGUGUUCCUUUGGUUUUGUGGUUGUCCAUUAUUAUUUCUAUUGUGGCCAAAUAAAGCCGUGCAGCAUUAUAAUUGAAAAUCGGGACUGGUCUCUUUUAUUUCCCUAUCAUCCACUCAGCUACCUGUCACACGUGGUGUCUUCGUGGGAUGGACCCCGCUGCUUUAUCGGCGAUUCUGGAGGCGCUGGACAGCCGGAGGGAGGCUGAGGAACGGAGGAGGGAGGAGCGGUACACAGCCCUCAUCGAAAGGGUUGGGAUGGGAAUGACGUCGGCGGCAACCGGCCCUGUGAUGGUGACCCCGAAGGCCCGGGCUCAGAAGAUGACGGCGGAGGAUGACCCCGAAGCCUAUCUCGUAGCCUUCGAAUGGCUGGCUACCACCGCAGCAUGGCCCCGGGAGUACUGGGCAAGCCAACUUGGCCCCUGCUUGAUGGGAGAAGCGCAAGCAGCAUACCGGGCCAUGACUGAUGAAGACGCCGGCCAGUACGAGUUAGUGAAGCAGGCUAUGCUCCGCCGCCUUAAUAUCACGGGGGAGACCCACCGAGUCCGCUUCCAGGAGUUCCAGCGACCAUCAAACACCCGGCCCAGGGUGGUGGCCCAAAGAUUGUGCGACCACAUGGCGCAAUGGCUGAACCCCAGCCAGAAAACUGGGAUCCAGAUGGGGGAAGCCAUUGUAAUGGAACAAUUUUGCCAUGUGGUCGGGGCGGAGACGCAAGCGUGGAUACGCCGGCACAAUCCCACCACUCUGGAACAGGCCGUGGCCCUGGCGGAGAAUUUUGAGGACUCCCUCGUGUCCGCCCGCACCACGUUGCUGGACUGCACCCCUCCCUCCUCUGCCAAAGGACCACCACAGAACCUCGCUCCCGGACCCCGACCCAUCAAAUCACCAGCCCCGUCGGGUCAUCCAGCCCCCUUACCAUGGAGGCAGAGGUUGGCCCCCAGCUGGGGUAGAAUGGCUCCCCCUGCCCCGCUGACAUACCAACAGCGGGACAGAUACGUACCAUCCUCACCCUCUGCCCCUCCAAUCUGUUUCAGGUGCCAGCAGUCGGGACACAUCGCGAGAUACUGCCCGGCCGCUAUGGAAUGCGAUGUGGCUGCGUGUCACCUGGCGUCUGAGACUGGUAAGAAAUGGGGAAAUGGUCGGGAGGGCCCGUGUAUUGUUGAUGUGGCGCUGGGGAAUGUGAGUACCCACGCAUUAGUGGACACAGGGUGUGAGCAAACUCUGAUUCGAACAGCUUUCCUUGGCGGUAUGUCGAAAACACGCAAGGAGAGACGGAAGGAAAAGUGGGAGGGCGCAUCGAUGAGACACGGCUGGGGACUGGCGGGGGAAGGUUCUGAUGGUCCCAAACGCCAAUCGAAGGGGGUGGGGACACAGUGUGACUGGGCGGGUGAGGUUACUGGACCCUCGAGGGCAGAGACUGCUCUAGCCCCCGUCGAUAUCCCGGAUGUUGAGAGAGGUACCUCAGAGCUCGACGGGAUUUUCCCCCUUUGA